UGUUUUUACCCCUGCACACACCAACUCAAUCUCACACAUGCAACUGUCUUCUUGAGCACACAGACACCCACGACAACCAAGCUGACAAGCUUUCGGAGGCUUUGAACAGAAAAAUAUAUAAAAUACGUAGCCUGGGUGUACACCUCCUGUUUUGGGUGUGGUGUAAAAAAAAAGCAACUUUUAAAACCUUUGGAAAUCUUACACAGAACUCAACCUGAAGGACCAACGCGGAUAUCAAAGAAUGAUGGAGAAAGAGCCGCUGGACCCUCAUGCCCCUCCCCCUGGAGAAACCAACGACACGACAUUACAGAAGCUUAAGAAGUUAUUUCAGAGGAACAAAAAGCAGAAUGCUGUGGAGACAGAGGCCGGGCAGCAGCCUAACGGCGAGGUAGUCAACACAGGGCCGGUCUUCUUCGUGUAUGAGGAGGAGUAUGAAGAUGAGGACGAGGAGGAUGACCAACCCCCUGCUGAGCCAGUCAAACCAGUCAACAACAAACCUCACAAAUUCAAGGAUCAUUACUUAAAGAAACCCAAGUUCUGUGACGUGUGUGCCAGAAUGAUUGUGUUAAAUAACAAGUUUGGUCUGCGAUGUAAAAACUGCAAAACAAAUAUUCACCAUCACUGCCAGUCAUUCGUGGAGAUGCAGGAGUGCUUUGGUAAGAUUCCUCCUGGUUUCCGACGAGCCUACAGCUCCCCCCUGUACAGCAACCAACAGAACGCCUGCGUCACAGAGCUGCUGCCUUUCUCUCAGUCUAACAGGUCAGACCCGGUCUUUGAGACCCUGAGAGUGGGAGUCAUAAUGGCGAACAAGGAAAGGAAAAAAGAUUCAGACGACAAGAAAAAUAUGAUGAUGGCGAUGAUGGAGGAGGAAGAGGCAGCACCCAAGCCUGAGGAAGGGAAGGCAGAAGGAGGUAACCCUGAGGCAGACAAAAAAGGAGAUAAAGCACCAACGGAUGACAAGCACAAGAAACCUCAACCUGGUGCGUUCACGCAGUCUCACUAUUACCUGGCUCUCUAUCGAUUCAAGGCUCUGGAGAAAGAUGACUUGGACUUCCACGCAGGGGACAGAAUUACAGUGAUUGAUGAUUCCAAUGAGGAAUGGUGGAGGGGUAAGAUUGGUGAGAAGUCUGGUUACCUCCCGGCAAACUAUAUCAUCCGAGUGAAAGCGAGCGAGCGUGUCUACAAAGUGACCCGGUCGUUCGUGGGGAAUCGAGAGCUGGCUCAGAUCACACUGAAGAAAGACCAGAUUGUGGUCAAGAAAGGCGAGGAGCUUAACGGGUACAUGAAGGUGAGCACUGGAAGGAAACUGGGCUUCUUCCCUGCUGAUCUGCUGCAAGAAAUCUGAGGGGGGUCCACUGGAACCAGAACACAACAGCUCGGACAGGCGUGCACCGACAACACCAGGUCUGACGUGAACCCAAACCUACGUACACGCAUGCACGUGGAAAACAAACAUUUGAGCUCUGACUAAACAGCCUCUUUGUGAAGCACAUUUCCUUUUUCAAAUGAUUUUAUUAUUUAAAAAAAAUCAAAUAAAAAACACAGCAAAAACAGAUUUCAAUUGCCGGUUCUUUAUAAUUAAAGCAUUUCUCUUUUUUUAUUUUUAUUUUAUUUUAAAUAAGAAUGCCGUUUUGUCUUUGGUGCGUACAGCUAAGUCUGGCGAGCUCCAUUAUUUCAACCCUACAGUUUAGCUUGAGUGGGUGUUAAGGUGUCUCUGUCUGUCUGUGUUGCAGUUUGUGUCGAGGGAGGAGAGAGGACGCUGUCUUGGCCUGUGGGUUCAAACCAAAUAGGGGCUUGUGGGCCACAGGAGGCCAAGCUAUUCAAGGUCCAUGCUGAGGCCGGGGGUGUCAGGUUGCCUCCUUGUUUAUUGCAUGGAUAAUUAGGCUAUUAGGGGAAUAGCUGAUGUAAUGUAAGGAUGUUGGCCAUGGGACACAGAGGCAAAUAUUUUUUAUUAUGAUAGAUGUUGACGUAAUGUACCAUAAUUUUUUUUAAUAAGUUGGCAUCCUAGCCUAUUGGGUUGAAUUGAAGGCGCAAAUUAAAAACGUCAAAGACAAAUGUCUUAGCAAUUAAAGAGCAAGCUCUGUAGUUGAGAGGGAAGUACGGGUCUAAUGCUGAUGUGAUUUUACCCCGUUUUUCUCCCAAUUUGAAAUACACAAUUGUAUUUUUUUUUACACUCAGCUCACCGUUACCAGCCCCGUGCUGACUCAGGAGCGGCGAGGACGAACACAAGCUGUCUUCCGAAGCGUGUGCCGUCAGCCGACUGCUUCUUUUCACUCUGCAGGCCCGCCUUGUAGCCAACCCAGAGCUACAGCGUCGGAGGACAACGCAGCUCUGGGCAGCUUACAGGCAAGCCCGCAGGCGCCUGGCCAGUCUACAGGGGUCGCUGGUGCGCAGUGAGGCGAGGACACCCUUGCUGACCUAAGCCCCAAACUAAAAUAUAUACUAAUAUAUUUUAGUUUGGGCGUUCUGAGUGUAUUAUUUAAAUUGCCCUUUUUCUUUUAUAAAUAUAAUUUAUUUCUGAUAGCUAGUGUAAGUUUCCCCAGGGUUAAAUGUUUCUAGAAUAACUGUCUUGUAAUCCGUUAUUUAAUAGGAUAUGAAUUAAAAAUGAAAAUCGUUUACUUCAUUUGACUUCAAUAGUAACUCCUAUUCUUCUCCUAUAUAGUUACUAACAUUUCAAAUCCUGCUAAUGAUCAUUCACAGUGUCACAGUCUGUCACUUCUUAGCAAUAAACCAAGUUGGUAGACUUGCCUUUCGGAUACUGUGCAAAAUUGACCACUGUGUGUUUCUUUAAUUCAGUUUUUGAGGAAUCCACUGUUUUCUGUUGAACUAGAAAAUUAAUAUAUAUAUACAUAUAUAUAUAUAUAUAUAUAUAUAUAUAUAUAUAACAGGUGGCAUAAUAGAAAUAUUUUGAUAACACUGUAUCAAAUACACUUAUUACAAUGUAAUAACAUAGUAACAACAUACAGUAUUGUGUAGUUACAAUGCAACUGUGUGCUUAAUUACAAGAUGUUUUUAGUUGCUUGGGUAUUACACUGUACUGUACUUACACAUGAGGUUGUGUAUUUACAAUAUAAUUAAUAUGUUGCCACACAUGCAAUCACAAUGUAAUUAGUGUACAGACAGAGAUUUGAUGAAGCCUUAAGCAGGUGAUCAACCUUAGAUUGUAAUCAUUUAGAUAAACAAUAACCUAUUUAGCGUGCCUCUGUUUAUUUCUGCAGAACCUUCUCAUAUGCUUUAUGUACAUUCAGAUCCAUGCUGCUAAAGUUUAAAAUCCUGCUGAAGCCAGUUCUAGAUUUUUGUACAGUAGAUUGUAUAUUUCGUGUUUGUAUUUCAGUGCUAACUUUACACUAUUGCGUUACGUUUAAAGAAUGUUUCCCUAGAUCUUGUUUACUUCUUUCUGCGCUAGUAAAUUGCAUGCUUUUAAGGCAUUGAGGUUUUAGAUUGUGAUAGCACAGAAAGCAAUUACUUGUGAAGGUCGUUAGCAUGACCUAUGUUUGAUCUGAAUUCAACAUUAGAACUUUCUGUGACAUCCAGUGCUUGAUUGUCAGUAAGAUUGUUUUCCUCAUUAGGAUACAAGGCGUCACUUUAUACCGUGAAACACGUUAUAAUGUGGUACAGCAAUGGCUCCCAUUUGCCCUACAAUACCAUUACACUAGCACAUGUCUUCUUCUUGUAAGGCGGAUCACAAACUACCUAUAACUCCUGACUACAGCGAUGUAAAGGGGGAUCAUUAUAUAUGUACUCGAGCCAACUUCCCAAUGUUUCGGUAUGUUUAACAUGCCUUUGUCAAGGGAAAGUAGGAGGCUGUGUGGUCCAGUGGUUAAAGAAAAGGGCUUGUAACCAGGAGGUCCCCGGUUCAAAUCCCACCUCAGCCACUGACUCAUUGUGUGACCCUGAGCAAGUCACUUAACCUCCUUGUGCUCCGUCUUUCGGGUGAGACGUAAUUGUAAGUGACUCUGCAGCUGAUGCAUAGUUCACACACCCUAGUCUCUGUAAGUCACCUUGGAUAAAGGCGUCUGCUAAAUAAACAAAUAAAGUGUGUUUGAAAACAAACAGUGGAGGUACGUAUAGACUUUGACUACAUUUCUAUUGAAAUCUUUUAAUGUGCUUGUCAUUUACUACAUAGUUAAUGAUGUAACGAUCUGCUAUUCCUGUCUAUUUAAACCUUCAGGCAUAGACACAUGUGUACAUAAAGUAUAUGCAAUGUACUUUAUAGGUUCCCUCACUUACUUGGUAGGCAUCUGUUAAAAUUCACAAGUGCAAUUUAACCCCCACAGCGGGUAUUAGUCUGUACCUCCACACUAUUGAGAGUCUGCUAAUUAACUACUAAUGAAAUCACCUGGGUCUCCCAACGCUAGUACAGUAGUGACACUACAGUCUCGACCUGCCAUGUAUAAUAUAUAGUGAGCCCUGUACAGAGUGUGCUGUCCUUCAUCAGUGGUCAAGCUUCUAUCUCCUGUCAUCUUCCAUUGCCUGAAACGUGCCUUACAUAAAUAGCUGGAUAAGUUCAGUUUGCACAAUAUGUUCGCCCAUAUAUGUUUAUAUAUGAUAUAUGAUAUAUGUUUGAUAUAUCAUCAAAACCGUCUGAACAAUUUUAAUCAUUUUAGCUGUUCUAUUUAUUUUGUUGAUCUAAUUUCUAAUUGUAACAUGGAAGUGUGAAAUUUGGGGUGACUGUCUGAAUACAUUUUGGUGUCUCUCUCUGCUGUCGUUUUCGAAUUGAACUGCUUUUUCCCUGUGAACUUUGAACUUAGACACACCUUUUUAUUUUGUUGUUCAAAGUGCCUUGAUAUACUAGAGGGGUCUGUUCGCCUGUAAAAUGCAUUUCUUCUAUAGGAACUGUUCCUUUGGGUUUUGUAGCGUUGUUCGAUGUGUGAAAAAAAAAAUUGUUAGAAGAUGAAUAAAGAAUAAAUUACUUGUGUUUUUUUAUA